UUGGGCCUGCGUUAACCGCUGCACGAACAAAAUAAAUAUAUACACAUUUGCAUCUUACUUUGCACACACACACCAUGAAAUGCUGAAUAGAAGACCGUGAAGUAACGCAGUUUUUUUGAAAAACCAAAUAUUUCAGCUCUGCCGCACUAAGCUAAAAUGCUGUGUACAUAUAUAACAACGUCUCCAGUCCCUGGACUACCAUCACAUCUGUGCCGAAGAGAAGACCCCAUAAGCCUGCAGAAUGAAUUCCACCUGCUGUGCUUUUGAAGAGCCUAUACUAGAUGUGGUUCUACCGCCUAUUUUACUGUUGGAGGUCAUAUUGGGCUUCAUUGGUAACUGUCUUGGUUUAUGGAUGAUCUGCCUUGAGCUAAAAUCAUGGAAGCCGAACUCUCUGUAUCUGUUCAGCUUGACAAUGGCUGAUUUUGUCGUCUUAUUCUGUGUCCUUUUCCGCGCCGAUUACUAUAUCAGAGGAAAAGAUUGGGUCUAUGGAGACAUCCUUUGUAGACUGAUGCUCUUUACGCUGAGUGUGUGUCGAUGUGCUGGCGUGAUCUUCCUCACUGUAAUUGCCGUUGACCGCUACUUUAAAAUUCUACACCCUUUCCACAGAGUGAAUAACAUUACUUUGAAGGAAGCGUUCGUCAUCUGCGGCUUUCUGUGGUCAUGCUCUAUCCUGUUAUACUGCUACCUGCUCACCGAGCCACAUUUCUUCAAGGUAAACAACAAACUGCAGUGCGAGAGCUUUAACAUUUGUCCUAAAUCAUUCUCCGGGUUUGCCUGGCAUGAUAUCUUCUUUAUAUUAAUGACAACACUAUCCCUUGCUGGCAUUGUAUACUGUACAGUGUGUAUUUACUUGCAUUUAAAAAACAACACUAUUGACACCAAUGGGAAGGUGAAGAGAGCUAUGUGGUUUGUUCUGUCCAUUGCUGUUGCCUUUACAGUCUGUUACUUGCCCAGCACGAUGGUCAGAGUUGCCAUUUGGAUCCUUAAGUUGCAGAGGAAAGAAGACUGUGCCUAUUAUAGAGAUUCAAGCCUUUCGUUUUACAUCACUAUCUGCUUUACCUAUUUUUACAGCAUGAUCAAUCCCAUUGUGUAUUACUUUUCUAGCACGUCAUUUAAUGGUUUAUUUCACAGAUUAUGGAAUAGAUUUUUUAAAGGGACACAAUCAUGA